AUGGCGACAAAUCCACACGUCCCUGGUGGCCCUGUCCCAACCGAGGACACGAUCCUUGAGACCGGCGCAUCCAUGAUCCAAGACUUCCAACCAACGAAGCAACUCUGCGCCCACCUAAACGCCUUUCACACAUACGCCGAUGAGCCAGGCCGCUACGUAGAAGCGAAUCACUACUGCGCUCAUCUAACCGAAGAUGUCCGGCAAUGCAUCCUCUACGAUAGUCCAGAGCCGAACGCCCGGCUUAUAGGUAUCGAGUACAUGAUCACGCCCAAGCUGUACGAGACCCUACCCGCCGAGGAGCGGAAGCUAUGGCACUCGCACGUCUACGAGGUAAAAUCCGGCAUGCUAAUCAUGCCGGGGCCGACAACCGUGCUUGGCGCGCAGCAAGUCUGGGAGGCUGCCGAGACGCAGGAGAUGAAGCAUGUUAUCGGGUUAUACGGCAAAGUCUACCACUUAUGGCAGACGGACCGGGGAGAUGCUCUCCCGCUUGGCGAGCCUAAACUGAUGACUAGUUUCACAGCUGACGGUCAGUUCGAUUUUGAGAAGGUGGUAGGAGAUCGCGAUAGGAGAUUCGGUUCCGAUUGGAAGCGGAAGAAGGAGCUGAGGAAGGACAUUGAAGUACCCAAGAUCCAUCCGGACGCCGAUUCGGCUUGGAAGAGACGUAAUUCGAUGUAG